CAGAGCGAUACCUGCACUUUUAGCACUGCAGUUACUCUGUGCUGCACUUCCGUCAUUGAAAGUUUUCACAACAAGCCCAUCCACUCCUAGCGAGAGUCGAGUCACACGCGCCACGCCUUUUUGCUCCAACGCAACUUACCAUGGCAACAAUUGAUGGAGUCAAGAGCAGUGCCAUUGGGAUUGAAAUGCAAGAGGCUCCUGCACGUAAAUGGACAUUUGAUUCCUUCCAAUUCUUCGGCCUGACGACGUGGUUCAUCGUGUUGUACUCCUUCUACAUCGGCUUUUUCGCGCUGCUGUUGAAGAUUGCUCUGGAGGUCCGGAAAGACAACUACAUGCACCUGAGCAGCCGCCUCACUGGGCAUCCCCUGACCGCGGACGCCUACACCACCCCCUGGCUCUGGCUCCAAGCCAACCCCUCCUCGUCGUAGGGUGUUGACCCGGCGGCGCACCGGCGGACAGUGCAAGCCGGUUCCAGGACAUGCGCGUGAAAUGUUUGUACCUCUGGUACAUGUAUGUGUGGCAUGAUGCUCAAGGAAAGUGCUAGUUAUGAGGGAAUAACUGUUCGGUACGAGAUCGGAUCAGUCAGGCCGCAUAACGUGAGGCACGGCGGAAGGAGCGCGCAGCAGCCGCCAGCAGCGCUGUAUGCCGGCAGAAAUCAUGGGGCGACGCGGACGUGGGCACGCGGCGGCCGCGUUUUGCGCGCUGUGGACGGAAGCCGGGGGCACCCUUGCCGGCAUUAGAGCCGGGGGCUUAGUGGCGUAUGUUAGGAGGAGCGUGGUGCGUGAUGCCGAUGUUGUAUCCGUUAUUGUCUAGUUGCGUGGCUUAUGAUCAAGCGCGAGUGGAUGGUGGCUCCUCCAUAUGCAGUAGGUGUUGCUGGCUGGUUACAGUAUGCAACUGGCUGUAGGGGCGGUGACAGGGCAUUAGGCUGGGGUUGCUCUCAGCAUCUAUGUAGUUGCAGGAUGGUGCGGACGAAACUUGUGCACAGGGUAGGCUCACCACGUGAUGGCAAGAUGGGUUGCGUGGCUUCAGGCCUCCAUACGUUGGACUGCUGUGUCAGACGGCUGACCGCUAGUUGCGGUUUGCUGUCGGAGGGGUGAAGCGUCCCAUGGGAGCAAGCCUACUCAAGCUAGCAUAGGUCCAUAGUGAUGUGGGUGGCAAGCCCUGGAUGGGGUGCACAGCAGCGGUGCCUGGAUGGGGUGGCUGGCGGCUGGUGCCGAGCAGGGCAAUUGCACUGCACGUCACUGAGCAUGACAUUGCGCCAACAGGUCCCUCUUGUAACCAAUGUAGUCU